AUGCCUAGGGGACCAGAAUUCACCAAGAAGGAGAUCCCAUUACCAUAUACCCGGGACUUGCUACACGUUCGGGUGGUGGGGGACUCAAAGGCCUCCAAAAUCCCCCUGUAUGACGAGAUGACUGACCCGUACGACCACUUGGACAACUUUCGCUACGCUAUGGAGGGACGCGAUGCGAAUGGAGCAACCAAAUGUUGUCUGUUCCUAACGACUCUCAAAGGCCCAACCACGAGUUGGUUCAAGAGACUCACCCUAGAGUUCAUCAGUUCAUUUGCCAAACUUAGGAAGGUUUUCUUGGAAAGGUACAUGAUCAUCUCUAAUCGGAUGUAUACCGCAAAUGAUCUGUCCACAAUUAAACAGCGACUGGAUGAAAAGCUUAGGGACUACAUCACUCGGUUCAAUAACGAAUAUGCACGUUGCAAAGGAUGCGAUGAGGCCACCGCGCACAACGCUCUGAUGGGUGGACUCCAAGGGGGAGACUUCUAUUUUUCCCUUACUAGGAACCCGCCAGAAACAUACAAAGACCUCAUUCGUGAGGCCACAUGCUACUCCCGAGCCGAGCAGUUGAACCUGGCUAGAAAGGCCACCACAAGAUCGGUCUCGGAGGCCCAUGUGUCAUACCAACCCAGGGAUAAAAGGCCCAACAACUAUGCCUAUGAUUAG